CGAAACAUCCAGGCCUUAACUGUCAAAAUCAGAUUGUGGUUAAAAAAACUUAUUUAAAAGCUGAUAUGGACAAUAAAUUGAUAAUAAAAUGGGGUGGCAAAGAGUACGAAGUAGAUUUUUUCGAGAAUGAAACAGUGGGAGACUUGAAAAAUGCAAUACAAAAACAAACUGGAGUCAGACCGGAUAGACAAAAGUUGUUAAAUCUUAAAUUUAAAGGUAAAAUGCCCGAGGAUGAUUGUAAGAUGUCCAUGUUAAAAUUAAAGGCGAAAUUUAAAGUAAUGAUGAUGGGUUCAUUGGAGGAAGAUAUUGUUGAAGUUAAUACAGCCCCUGAAAAUUUACCAGAGGUUGUCAAUGAUUUGGAUAUCGAGGAUGACGAAGUGGCAAUAGAAAACCAGGAAGUAUACCUCAGCAAAAUCAUCAAAAGAAUUAAAGACUACAAUGUAAAAAUCCUCAAUGAAUUACGUCCAGAUAAAAAGUUACUUGUAUUGGACAUAGAUUAUACUCUAUUUGAUCACAGAUCUGUGGCUGAGACUGGGGCAGAAUUAAUGAGACCAUAUUUGCAUGAGUUUUUGACUGCUGCUUAUGAAGAUUACGAUAUUGUUAUUUGGUCUGCCACUGGGAUGAAAUGGAUUGAGGAAAAGAUGAAAUUGUUGGGGGUUGUGAGUAAUCCCAACUAUAAAAUUGCCUUUUAUUUGGAUUCUUUGGCCAUGAUCUCAGUGCAUACACCCAAGUAUGGAGUUAUGGAUGUGAAACCUCUGGGUGUUAUCUGGGGCAAAUUCGAACAAUUCUCCUCGAAGAACACAAUCAUGUUCGACGAUAUAAGACGAAAUUUCAUAAUGAACCCGAAAAACGGUCUGCGAAUCAAACCUUUCCGUCAAGCUCACUCGAACAGAGACAAAGAUAACGAACUUCUAAGGCUGUCGAAAUAUUUAAAAGACCUGGCUGAACAUAGCAACGAUUUUGCCUCUGUGAAUCACCGGCAUUGGGAGAAGUACAAGCCAAAGAAGAGGAGCGAGAGAAGGCACUGAUAUUUUGCAUUAAUUUUUUAAUGGUUUAUUUAAAUUUAAGUUAUGAUUAUGUUAUAUUUUUGGAUGUACUUUUUAUAAUAUAAAAAAUAUUCCAAAACUGUGUUUUAUUCA